AUGAUCAAUUUGCGCAAAAAUAUCUUAAAUAGAAUAAAAAAAUUUUACAAAAAUAUUACCAGCAAUGUUGUUAUAUUUUGCACUAAUUUAAUGUUUUACAAUUUUGAUGAUGAUUUGAUAUGUACUUUAAUUAAGACUUAUACGAAUAUAUUAAAAAAAUUUGAAGAAAAUAAAGUGAAUGUGUACGAUGAGUAUUUUAUAAUUUUUAAUUACGUUACUUUUUCCUAUUUGAAUUUUCUUCUUUCUGAAUUUGAUCAAAGGAAUUCAUAUCUUUUUCAUAUUCCCCAUGACUUUAACACGGCAUUGUUUAUCCCUUCUGGUAGGGAAAAACGGAAAAAGUCUAUUUCCAGUGAAAUGAAAAAGGUAGGAAUAUGCAGGUGUACUAGAAAUAAACUACUAACUGGUAUGCAAGCUAGAUCAACUAUUAGUUGUCACUGUUCUGCAUUCGGUAAAAAAGAAAAGUACUGGACUGAAAAAAAAUGUAUACAUUUUAGAAAAAAAGAUACUCCUAGGUUUGCAACUGUGAGGGAGAGUUCUCCACCGUGUAACAAUGACUCUGUCAUCUACAAUUAUACAAGAAAUGUAAACAGUAGAAACUACUACAGUGGGAGUUGUACUCGUCACAGAUCCGGUGUUUAUAGGCACAGGAAGUGUGCUUCUUAUCGUCAUAAUGGAAGAAGUUUCAAUGAUUGUAACUGCGGUAUGGACUGUGGGAGGAACCGCAUAAUGGACAACGAGAUAGCGAUCGCCGAUAAUGUCUAUCCCUUCAGUGAUAAUUCCGCCUAUGCUAGGAAGCCAAACGUGUGUAUACAUAAUCAUUCUUCCGAAGGGUGUAAAAAUUGUCAUACAAUUGCAUGUACACGUUCAGGACAAAAGCGAUUUAUUAAGGAGUUGAAAAUUUUGUGCACACACGUAUACUAUUGGAAAUGUCUCUCUGAGUUACAUAUAAAAUGCAAAAGAGUUGGUAAUACAUAUGAAAAAAAAAAUAUAUACUUUGAUAUAUACAAAAAUGUAUAUAAUUUGUUCAAACGUAUGAAUAAUAUGCAUCGGGAAAAUUUAAAACGGAUGAGCAGAAAAAAAGAGAAAUUAUCCAUUACUCAUAAUAAUGAAAUGGAAAAUAUUAUAAAUGAAAAUGUAAGAGAAAAUGUAAUCGGAAAAAUAAAUAAAAAAGAUGAAUCCUAUCAGCAAAAAAUUAACGACAUGGUUUACAAACACAUAGCCGAGAAAGAAGCGUUAAGUAGACAUAUAGACCAUGAACUAAGCGUAAUGCAACAUAUUAAUUUGAAGGAGUAUAAAGAGAAUAUCUUAUACAUUUUUAAUAUUAUAAGGAGUAAGAAAAACGUGUUAUCGUUACCCCCUUUGCCAACAGAAGGAGAUAAAAGGAGUCUACUUACGGGAAAAAAAAAAGAAAAAAAAAAAAAAAGCAAAGUCAGUGGGGUGCAAUAUGAACCGUAUAACGAGCAAAAUAAGAGUAAACAUUUUGCAUACAUAUUAAAUUAUUUUAAUUUUUUUUUUUUAUAUAAAUUAAUGAGAAGCAAAAUGAAUGUACUGAGUUAUUUACACCUUCACAUGAACAGUUCCCAAUAUGAUACCCUCAAGGUGUCCAUUAUAUUUAGUUUAGGUGACCCACAUAAUUUGUUUGAGCGUCACAACAAAAAUAACGUCAAAUUAAAAAAAAAAUUUCUGAACACGUUAAGAAGUAUGUGUAAUAGUGUUCAUUAUACUUAUGGGAAUAGAAAUGAGAUUACCAUGGAUGAACAGCAUCCUAGUUAUUAUGCUAACAAAUUUGUGGAGCAAAAUGGUGAAAGCAUUAGCGAAGAGAACUCUUAUAGGGGAAGCAUGUUCCAUUAUAAGAAUGAUCAAAUAGAACCAUCAGUCAUUAAGAACAACAACCCCACGGGUGGUAGUAACGGUAGGAACAAAAAUAGUGGAAACUGUGAGGAAAGAAACAGUAGUAACAAUAUUAGUAAUAGUAGUAGUAACCGCGCAGGUGUGGGUAAGUUAGCUGUAGAGAAAUAUAAAUGCUCCAAAUACUUUAAUGCAAAUGGCCAAUUCAGAAAGAGUAGUAGAGAAAAAAAAGAGGAAUUUUUCUUAAAAAAAAGCUAUUGUAGUACGUACAAAUUUUUAAGAGAAGAUUCCAUUCGCUUUUUAAAAAUGCAAACAUACAACUAUGACAAUGACAAAAUUAGAUUAAACGAGUUAAGUUUAAAGGAGAAAAAACUUAAUGGACUAAUACUUUAUAUUAAUGAAAAUAUAACAAACUGCUCUAAACAGAAUAUAUACAAAAAUCUCUUUAAUAUCAGUUUAUCAAGAACAGAUUUUAUAUUUCCCAGUGUGAUUGACCAAUUAGACUUGACUAAACUUAUCCAAAAAUGUAGUGCUCCUUAUAGAUGCUCUUUUGAAAAAAAAAAAAAAAAAAAAUUUCACAACACGAAUGAUUGCAAAAACGAUUGCAAAAACGAUUGCAAGAAUGACUGCAAGAAUGACUGCAAAAACGAUUGCAAGAAUGACUGCAAGAAUUAUUACCCAAAUGAGGAAAAAGAUUCUUUUUGCUUAGAUCAGAAUAUCUUUUUUUCAUCCUUUGGAAAUAUUAUCAUAACAAGACACAAAAACUUAAAAGUAGCAAUGAACGGAAAUAAUUUAAAGGUACACCGACAAAUGAAGGUAUUCCAAGGUAUGGGUUGUUACGAAGAUACGGAAGACCUAGUUGGCGGAAAAGAAAAAAUCAACAAUGGCUUUUCUAGCACAACUACGUCCAAAAAUGGUGCUAGUGGAAGUAAUAGUAGUAUUGAUAGUAGUAUUGGUGGUAAUAGUGGUGGUAAUAGUGGUGGUAAUAGUGGUGGUAAUAGUGGUGGUAAUAGUGGUGGUAAUAGUGGUGGUAGUAGUGGUGGUAGUAGUGGUGGAAGAUGUGCUCCUGCUAAUGCCGCUAGUAGAAGCUCUAUUCGUUGUGGUGAUACACGGCAGAGAAUCCCUACCCCAGAAACGAAGCAAAAACAAAGAAACAAGUUUCUAGGCGAAGAAAGAAUGUAUACAAGUAACUCACAUACUCAUUACAAUAAUUGCUGUGAAUUUUACACAAAUUUUUUAAAAAAAAAAAAAAAAAAAAAUGUUUAUAUAGAUAUAAUUUUUCACGUAAUAAUACCAAAAAAUAUGAAUAAGAAAAGUUUUCAAAUAAUUUUAUUUUCAUUAUUUGAAAUUUUAGAUUUAUGCAAAAUAUAUGGUAUUACAUCAUUAAGUUGUUCACUCCCCUAUGUUCAUAAUAUUGUGCAUAAGAAUAAACAACCAAUCAUUUAUUCUUUUGUAUAUUCUCUCAUUUUUACCAUUCUAAGUUACAUAAACAAUUCACAGUCAUCUACCAACAAUGUGAAAAUAUUACAUUUCAUUUUUCCUGAUUUAAAAUAUUAUGACAAAGAUAUUUCUAGUAUCACACAAGGGGACAUGAUAUAUUAUCAGAAUUAUAACCACAAAGAAAUGGAAAGUACUUUUACAUUCAUUAAUAAUUAUGAUAAUGUUGACAAUGUGGAUAAGAAUGUUACUAAUAAGGACGAACAGAAUGCCAACAACAGUUCAGUACCUCUACCUCAUAAUGGCUGGAGUCAUAACGAUAAGUUAUCUAGCAUAAAAGCCUUUAUUAACAAAAUAAUAUUUGGAUUGAAAAAACAAUAUAUGUUAAUUGAAGCUAUAUGA